UUUGAUACUUACAAGUCUCUGUUACGUUUAUAGUAGCUGCCUUUCCGGUAUUCCUUUCUUGGCAGCUAGCUGUAAAGUGGAUUAGGUUACCAACCUUAUGCCGUCAUGUCUACAGUAAAGAUUCUUUUCGCCGGUGCUGUUGAGGGGGACUUGCCGGGCCUCUUCAAAAAAGUAGAAGCUGUCAACAAGAAGAAUGGGCCAUUUGACGCAUUGUUUUGCACCGGACAAUUCUUCGGGCAAGGCGACGACUUGGCCGACCCCAACGAUGCCCUCAUAGCCUACGUUACCGGCCAAGCCAGCAUACCCGUCCCAACAUACUUCAUCGGGGGCUUUGGCUCCGGCAGUGAAGCCAUCCUAGCCGCACUGCCCGCCUCCAAGGCGCACCUCAAGUACCUGGGGCGAUCGGGAGUGACCAGUAUCAACGGCCUCAACGUGGCCUUUCUGGACGGCACCUACAACCACCCCACCUACACCGGCAGGGGGGCCGCACCCACGCCUCAACCCCAACCCCCCUCCACCUCCGCCUCCGCCUCCAACCCGCCCACCUCCUCCGCCGCCGCCUGCCGGCACUACUCCCCGGAUGAUGUGGCCCUGCUGCGCUCGCAGCUGGGUGCGCUGGCGGGCGAGGUGGACGUGCUGCUGACGUGCGAGUGGCCGCGGGGGCUGACGACGGGGCUGGGGGGGCAGCUGCCGGAGGG